CACACACACACACGCUUUGCCUUGAAACCCUCAAGCGCGAGCAUGCCUGCCAGAGUUGUUCACGCCACUCAGCAACAAGAGGGAAGGGAGAUAGCUGUUUACGUUGAGAAGCACACCCGUCAGUUACAGUCCCUGUCAACUAUUGCGCCGAUUGUUACCCGAGCCAUGUCCAGGAAGAAGACGCUCAAGGGCAAAAGAAGCUCCAAGAGUCCCAAAGGGUCGCCGAGCAGCGGCGGCGGGAGGACAGGGAAAGGUCUGGCCGCUGGUGCCUCGCCGACUUCCGGACUAGUUUACCCCAGCAGACCGUCCAUCAGCAGCAGCGGGGAGUUCUACGACAUCGCCUUCAAAGUGAUGCUGGUAGGAGAUUCAGGUGUUGGAAAGACCUGUCUGCUGGUGCGCUUCAAAGAUGGAGCCUUUCUAGCCGGGAGCUUCAUCUCGACCGUGGGCAUCGACUUCAGGAAUAAGGUGAUGAGCAUUGACGCUGUGAAGGUCAAACUGCAGAUUUGGGACACUGCUGGUCAGGAACGAUUCCGGAGUGUCACACAUGCAUACUACCGUGAUGCUCAUGCUCUCCUUCUUCUCUAUGAUGUCACUAACAAAGCGUCAUUUGAUAACAUUCGGGCAUGGUUGACAGAGAUCCAUGAGUACACCCAGCAGGACGUAGUCAUCAUGCUGCUAGGCAACAAGGCCGACUCUACCCAUGACAGGGUGGUGAAACGAGAGGAGGGAGAGAAAUUGGCAAAGGAGUUUGGGGUGCCCUUCAUGGAGACCAGCGCAAGGUCUGGACUAAAUGUGGAGCUGGCCUUCACUGCUGUGGCCAAAGAGCUGAAGCACAGGACCACGAAGGAGCCCGAUGAGCCAAAGUUUCAGUUGCAGGAGUACGUCAACAAAGAAAUGAGGACUGCCGGGUGCUGCCGCUCUUAGAUCGUGUGUGUGUGUGUGUGUGUGUGUGUGUGUGUGUGUGUGUGUGCAAAGGGAGGCUACAGAUGUACACUCCCAUUUAAUAUUCUAAAGUCUGUGUAUCAGAGAAUUGUUUUAUCUGAUGUCCUGAGUUUAAUGUUCCUCUGCAACUGUGAAUGUAAAACUGAGCUCAUGUACUGUAUAGGUAUGCAGCCGUGUAUACACAUGCAUGCACACACACACACACACACACACACACACACACAAACAAACAAACAAACAUGCACAGUUCUGUUCUGUGUGUUAAACCCCUUCGCCGCGUCAUGAAUGUGCCCUGUGCGGUGACGUGCACAUUUUCAAUCUUUUGUGAACUGAAGCUUUGCUGUUUGUAAAAGUCUUGUUGGAAUAGAAAUGUAGAUCAUUUGAAUAUUCAUUAUGGCAAUCACGUGAGAGGAACUGAAAACUAAAGAGCGCUUUGUACAGAUGUUUCAUUGUACCUAAUAUAAGCUGGUUUUGUAAUAACUGUUAAAAUGUGUAUUUGUUACCAGCAUACCCGUUUAUCCUGCUAAUGUGAUCAAUUACACGACAUUAUAUAUGCAGUUUAAAUGUGAUUAUCUUAACUAAACAAAUGUACAGUCGAAUACUCAUACGUUUAUUGUAAACUUGUAAUACAUACAGUAUAUUGUAAGUGAA